GCACAUUUUGCCUGCUAAUAAUAGACUUGGGCUGCCAUAAACUCUUUAUACAACAAUACAUAUUAUCUUUCUUAAAAUUUUUUUCAUCUUCCUUGUGGUUGAAAACCUGGCUAAAUAACUUCCUAGCACUUUGCAGCAAUUCUUGUGCACACUCUUCGCUGUGGUCGUCUUCUGGAUUUUGGGUCUGAAGGUACCCUCUUGCUUUCUCAGCAAAUCAUGGACAUCGUUGGCUUUCUGAAGUCUCAAUUCAUUUGCCACCUUCUGAUCUGCUACAUAUUUAUAGUGUCAGGACUGAUAAUUAACUUCAUUCAACUCUUUACACUUAUACUUUGGCCAAUCAACAAGCAACUGUUCAGGAGGAUCAACUGCAGGCUGGCUUACUGCAUUUCAAGCCAGAUGGUGAUGUUACUGGAAUGGUGGUCAGGCACCGAUUGCACCCUCUACACUGACCCACAAAGUUACCCCAAGUAUGGGAAGGAGAAUGCCAUCGUAAUCCUUAAUCACAACUUCGAAAUCGAUUUUCUCUGUGGUUGGAACUUUUGUGAAAGAUUUGGGGUCUUGGGGAGUGCCAAAGUGCUUGCAAAGAAGGAGCUCUCCUACAUGCCCAUCAUUGGCUGGAUGUGGUAUUUCCUAGAGAUAGUCUUCUGCAAGCGUAAGUGGGAGGAAGAUCGGAAAACAGUCAUGCAGAAGUUGCUGAAUCUCCGGGACUACCCCGAAAACUUUUGGUUCCUGAUCCAUUGCGAGGGCACAAGGUUCACAGAACAGAAGCACCAGAUUAGCAUGCAGGUGGCUGAAGCCAAAGGUCUGCCCAAGCUCAAAUAUCACCUGCUGCCACGAACGAAGGGAUUUGCUGUCACCGUGCAGUGUUUGAGAAAUGUAGUUUCUGCAGUCUAUGAUUCUACCCUCAAUUUUAGAAAUAAUGAGAAUCCAACAUUGCUGGGAGUUCUAAAUGGAAAGAAAUAUCAUGCAGAUUUAUAUGUAAGGCGGAUUCCGCUAGAGGAAGUCCCGGAAGACGAGCAGGAAUGUUCUAACUGGCUUCACAAGCUGUAUCAAGAAAAGGAUGCGUUCCAGGAAGAAUACUACCGAACAGGAACCUACCCAGCAGUCCCUAUAGUACCACCCCGACGACCAUGGACACUUUUGAACUGGCUUUUCUGGGCCUUAUUGCUGCUAUAUCCUUUAUUCAAGCUGCUCAUCAACAUGAUCAACAGUGGAUCAUCACUGACACUGGCUAGUUUUGCAUUUGUCAUUGUAAUGGCUUCUGUCGGUGUCAGAUGGAUGAUAGGCGUUACAGAAAUUAACAGGGGUUCCACCUAUGGCAACAAUGACAACAAGCAGAAACGAAAGUAGUAUCUUCAGAGACUGCUUCCAUCCAAAGGGAACAAAUCCAACUUCUGAAAACUCUUAAGUGCGUAUCAUGGUCCUUCAAGUGAGAGCAGAGGAAGGGUAGGAUGAGCAAUUGCCAUGCAUAUCUGAAUUUGUGCUCCUGUUAUUUUUCUCUGGGGCUUUGGGCUGGAUGACACACUUGAAAGAUGCACUCCUUUGUCUACUCACCACAAUGGGUUUGCAUUUGUUCGGUUGGUUUGUUUCCCUAUAAACUGUCUUAAGUUUUGAAGAAGAAGAAAAAAGUAAUUCCAGUGUGCUUGUAUGAUGAGAGAUUACCUGGAAACUAACCAGAGGUGCAGGCUUUAUCUUUCCUAACUUGCUCUAAGGAAUGGACAAAUGUCAGAAGAUUGUUACAAGAUGAUUAAAAUUGGUAGUUGUCUAGAUCACAAGUUAACAGUUUAACAACCAUAAUCUGUCAGUGUUUAAAUACAGUAAGAGGCUCUGCUCAGUUAUACCAGUACUGGACUGAAGCAGCUCUACUGAACUGAGAGAAUUGCAAGUAGAGGUUUUUCUACAUCUAGAACUUACUUACUCCCACAGUGGGCACCAUACGGGGCCUUUGAAACCUCAGCCAGACCCCGGACAUCCCGACAUCGGAGUCCUGCAGUGGCAUAACCUGCAGGGGCAUUUAGCCUUGGGGCCUGAACAGAGCUAAAAGUUACCCACUGCCACAUCUUCCCCCAGGCGAUACAUCAGAGGGGCAGCCAAAACCUGUAGUUCUUUUGUGAGUAAAUAAAUGCCAUUUAUAGUUUGGAAAAAUCAAGGUAAUAAAAUUCUUUUCAUCUUUAAACACUGAUUAAAGUUCUAGGCCUUCCUAACAGUGGUGGAAACAGAACAACUGGGUAUGCUGUAACUAAGUAACGCAUAGCACACAUUAAGAGUUAUGCCCCACACCCCUACUACUGUUGUGAUCCCAAUUAAUCUGCUUGUCUGUCGGUUUUGGUGAGUUAGUUUACACAGUACCUCAUAACAGUCAGCCUGAGGUAACAGCUAAAUUAUCUUGAGGUAACAGCUAAAUUAUCUUUUGCUUUUCUUUUGGGGAGAAGAGGGGAAGUAGGAGACAGACCUAGGACAGUGGUAGUGCUUAGGACUUUUUAUGGCUGGCUGGACUUUGACACCCUUCUCAAUUAAAUAGAAUUGAGCUCCCUGGGAAACCUGUGUUGCUCUGACAUCCCAGGGCAGCCUUCUCUUGUUUUUAAACUUUAGGAGUUAAGGAUGUGCACGUUACUAAAAUGAGCUCGUUUAAAAAAAAAGAAAAAAGGAAAAGAGCAGACUUCAGCUACUGCUGAUUCUGAUUAAAAAACCCUAAUCUUUUGAAACCUAAAGAUACAGAUGCUGAGCAAGAGGGAUUAGGGUUGGCACUUUCAAUGAUGGUACAUUCUCAUUGUGCAUAGGACUAAACCAUGAUAGACUAGGAAUGAACAGGCUGUGUGAGUUUAGAGAAGAAAGCCUUAGUUCUAGCAGCUGGUAUUAAAAAUGUUUCUCUUUCCCUACAAUAAAACAGAGGCCGGAAGAAAUGGGGGCUAAUACAACAGCAUAUAAAUCAUUCCAUGAAAUAUGCAUUUGCUGUUCAGUACGUCCAGUUAUCUGGAAACUACACUCUUUAAUAUGCAGCACCUAAAGAGCAGGUGGAGUAGUGCUUUUAGCAUGGGGCAGUAAAAAGUGGAGCAUUGAGGCAGUAAAAAGUAUAACGUGAAGGAAGGAACAGACCUUGGGACAGGUGAGGGACUUGUUUUUGUGGGGCUUUUCCCCCCCUAACUUGUGUACACAUGCAUCCCCUAUGCUCUGAAGCUUUCUGGAAGAGGUUGUUUGAAGUCAUGAACAUAAACAUGGGCUUUAGUGUAGUUUUUCCAACACCGGAAAUAGAGCUCGAGAUCAGAAAAUAUUGCCAUGCUUAUAAAGCUGUUCUUUCAAUCCUAACAGUGGAAAACUGGGUAUUACAGCCUGUAAUUGUGUCUGACAGUCCAAUCGUCCCACAGUAAUGCAGCAAGCAUGUUACUGAGCCAGGCCUGAUGACACUGUACACAAGAUACUCAAAAUGGGUGGGAUGGCAGAGAGAAGAGCACUCUUCAAGCUAGUGUUUUACUGUAACUCUUACCUGGCAGAUACAGUGGACGUGUAUCAGGGUAGAAGAAUGACCCUGUGUGCAGUGCAGGUUGUUCUGAGCAGCAAAUACAUAUUCAUGCAGCAACAGAGAGUAGCUAUUUUGCCUUUUUGAAGAGCCACUGAUGAAACGAGCUGGCAGGGUGAUGCUGAACAUUCCUUAUGACUCUUAGUCCCUUCCUCUCCAACUGCAUGUCGUGCCACUUCUCCCAGAGGAAAAUACCAACCAUGUAAAUACUUCUGAGAAAGUAUUUAGACCAUUCCUUACCCAUUUCCCUGGCACAUGCCGCUCCUGGAUCCAUCCUCCUAAGCACUCGUGGCAGUCCUGGCACCCGAGGACUGCAGCACUGGGCCCUGCCAGUGUCCACUGGCAAACAUAGCAAGAGUACUGGAACUUGCCAAAGUUACACUAGUCCAUCUCACUGUAUUAAAAGAAUGACGUAUGUCAUUAGGAAGCAGUGUUUGCCCCUCGUCCCCACAAGCAACUAUAUGUUCUACAACUGCCUUAACAAAAGUAGUCUUAACGUUUGUUUAUACAAAAAUAAAAGUAUAAAAAGCUAA